AUGUCUUGGUCUUAGAUGCUUUGCCCAUAUUAUCCCAAAUGCAAGCCCUUAAUUAGGAAUCAUAUACAAAACCUCUUUGCUUUAGUACUAAAGAAGCUUGUAGUGCAAGUGGAACUGAUUUUGAAUGUGUAUUCAAUCCAACUUCAGAUUCUAAUCGGAAUGGAGUUUGCAAAUUCUUUACUCAAUUUUGAUAUGGCAAUUCUGAUUCGUCUGCUUGACAAUCUAUGCCACUAACUUGCAAAUGGACUAUUGCAACGGAACUAUUCCUAGUUCAUGUGCUAAUCAUGCUUGCGAUUUAGCCGCUAAAGGGACAGCCAAAUGUGUCACUAUCCCAAGUUUUGAUGGCAAGAAUUAUACAAGGAAGUUGAAUGUGUUUUGGGUGAACCGAGUUCCUUAACUUAAGUUACUUGCUAUGAAUUAAGGUUGACACACUUGCAGUUGGAAUGCUUAGACAAAGAAGAGUAUUGCACCUGGAUCAGGAUCCUCCUCAAACAAUAAUUCAAAGUUUAUUAAUAAGAGUUUAGGUAAUACAGCUAAUUCUACAUCCAGCAAUUUUGGGUCAUCUUUAUAUGUCCUGUAAAUUUUUAUAUGGUUUAUAUUCUGAUAAACAAAAUGAAAUUAUUAAUAUUCAAUAAUAAUCAUCUUUAUUUGUUCGUUUAUUUUAUUUAUGUUCAAGUCCAAAUAAAAGAAGCGAUUAAUGCACAUAUCACGUAAAAUGCAAUUCAUACAAAUUUUAUGAUAAUUUUAAAUUUUCAUUUUUUCAUUCUAAUUAAUUUAUUAAUAAUUUAUAAUAAAAUAAUUGUACUGGAACCAAAAUAACUAUUAUAAAACUAGAUCUACCAAUUUAUUAAUAUAGUUACAAUUUAGAGACAACUUCCUCACCAUCAAUCAAAUUUGUAGCAUUUCAGAUAACCAAAUUAUUUUUUCGUAGCGUUAAGCUGGUCAUGGUAGUUUAUAAAAUUAUAUUGA